UUGGCUUCACCAUAUGCUCCUCCCCUGCUCAACAGUGUUCUCCUGCUGCUCAUCCGAACCUAGCGCUCAUGCUUGUUGGAUUGCUCUCGUUGAUCUAAUCCCGUUCAACGGUCUCCUCCAGGAAGUCUACUCGGAAUAGUGUUCUCUUGCUGCUCAUCCGAACCUAGCGCUUAUGCUUGUUGGAUUGCUCUCGUUGAUCUAAUCCCGUUCAACGGUCUCCUCCAGGAAGUCUACUCGGAAUAGUGUUCUCUUGCUGCUCAUCUGAACCUAGCGCUCGUGCUUGUUGGAUUGCUCUCGUUGAUCUAAUCCCAUUCAACGGUCUCCUCCAGGAAGUCUACUCGGAAUAGAUAUAUGAUUGUGGAAACUACGAAUAUCUGGGAUAAUCUCUAAAUAUUACGAAACAAGCACUUGUGGAUAGAAAGCAUCCUCGAAAGUCUUGAUCUUCGUUUCCUCUCUUUGUGAUUGAUUCACCCAUGGCCAUUGGAGAAAUCGUUUUUGGUUCCGUCUUGACUUCCUUCUUUCAAGUCCUGUUCGACAAAUUGGCUUCUCUAGGAGUGAACUAUGCACAAAGGGACAGAGCACCGCCCUUCUCUGGAAUCAACACGGACCGUCUCAAUGAGUGGAAGAAGAUGCUGGACACAAUCGAUGCGGUACUGGAUGAUGCAGAGGACAGGCAACUGAGCGGUAACCGUCUAGUGAAGCUAUGGCUGGACGAUGUUAGGGACUUGGCCUAUGACAUGGAAGACUUGCUCGAUGAGUUCGCGAUCAGAGCUGCUCAGGCCAAGUUGAAGGCAGAAUUUAGCACAAGCAGAGAGGUACAGAAGAUCGAUGAUAGGUUGGAGGAUAUUGUCGCCAGGAAGGCUUAUCUAAGCUUGACAUCAAACCCAAUGGGCAGAACUGACUACAACAACAAAAGGCUCAACAGCACUUGUCUACCGGAGACUCAAUUUUUCGGCAGGGAGAAGGAAGAAGCGGAGAUACUCAAAUUAUUGAUGGGUGAAGCCGAAAAUUCUGAUGCCACACUGAGCAUAGUCCCCAUAGUUGGGAUGGGUGGUGUUGGAAAGACGGCCUUGGCUCAGCGAAUAUAUAAUGAUGCCAAUGUGAGCAAUUGCUUUGAGAGUAGAGCAUGGAUUUGUGUUUCGGAUGUUUUUGAUGUUCUCGACAUAACAAAGACUGUUUUGCAGUCGAUCACCGAGUUGUCUUGUGAGGAGAAAGAUCUUAAUUGGCUUCAAGUUAAGUUGAAGUACUAUCUAUCGGGAAAGAAGUUUCUUGUGGUUUUAGACGAUGUUUGGAAUGAAAAGUAUGGAGAAUGGAUUACCCUCUUAAAGCCAUUUGAAGCGGGGGCUAGGGGAAGCAAGCUCAUCGUCACAACUCGCAACCAUUUGGUUGUUUCCAUAAUAGGAGCUUCGCCGUAUCCUUUGAAGGAGUUGUCCGUUGAUAAUUGCUUAAGCUUAUUAGCCUUUCAUGCUCUUGGAGCAAAAAAUUUUGAUAGGCACCCAGAUCUUGAAAAAAUUGGCAAGAAAAUAUCUGAAAAAUGUAAAGGUUCACCAUUGGCAGUGAAGGCAUUAGGUGGUCUCCUACGUAAUAAAAAGAAUCCCAAUGAAUGGGAAGAUAUCUUACAUAAUGGAAUGUGGGAUCUUCUAACGAGACAAAAUGAUGAAGUUUUUCCGGCUUUGAAAUUGAGCUAUAUCCAUCUUCCUUCUUAUUUGAAGAGAUGUUUUGUUUAUUGUGCAGUGUUUCCCAAGGAUUACGAAAUUGAGAGGGAUGAGCUAGUACUCUUAUGGAUAGCGGAGGGCUUUUUAGACGGACAAAAAGCAAAGAAAAAUAACUUGAGAUUAGGACGAAAUUACUUUGAUGAGUUAGUAUCCAGAUCAUUUCUUCAACAAUCAAGUGUCAACGCAUCUAAGUUUUUUAUGCAUGAUCUUUUGAAUGAUCUAGCAAAGUCAAUUGCAGGCGGGACAUGCUUUAGCUCAGGGGAGUCUCGGUUGGCCAAUAAUGAAGAUGAUGCAUCUCUUAAGAAAGCUCGUUAUGCAUCAUUCAUCUCACAACAAUUUGCUACAUCAAAAAGCUUGAAAGCAUAUGAGGGCAUGAAGGUACUAAGAAAUUUUAUGCUAUUGCAUGAUAGAUUUAGUUGGGACGACAAAUUCCACAUUUCCAACAAAGUGCUACAUGACUUGCUAACAAAAUUGAAGUACUUAAGGGUGUUCUCGUUAUGUCAUUGUUCCAUGACAGAGGUACCGAAUUGUGUCGGUGAUUUAAAACAUCUUCGAUAUCUCAAUUUCUCAUACACUAAUAUCAAACAGCUACCCAAGUCAAUUGUUGCCUUGCACAAAUUACAGGCUUUGAUAUUGAGAGGUUGUCAAAAGCUUUCUAUGUUGCCUCAAGAGAUCACAGAAAUGGUCAGCUUAGAGUUUCUUGACAUUAGAGAUACAUGGAGUUUAAAAGAUAUGCCAUUGAGUAUCGGUAAAUUGAAAAAUCUCAUGAUCUUGUCCAAGUUUGUGGUAGGACUGGAGAAACGGUCACGGUUAAAGGAGUUAAAGAACUUGCCACAUCUUCAAGGAGAAUUAUUUAUAUCAGAAUUGCAAAAGGUAGAAGAAGUUAGAGAUGCUGUUGAUGCUAAUUUGUUUGGAAAGCAAGGCCUUAGUAACUUAUUUUUGCAUUGGAGUGAAGAUUUUGGAAAUCUGCGGAAUGAUAAGCAUGAAGCACAGGUGCUUCACUCUCUGCAACCUCACACUAAUCUUGAAAAUCUCACUAUCUCGUGUUAUGGUGGUGCAAUAUUCCCGUCAUGGUUUGAUGGUCCAUCCUAUUCUAAGAUAGUGUCUUUGAGCUUGUGGGGAUGUCCUAAUGUUAUAUUGCUACCCCCACUUGGACAACUACCAUCACUUAAGGAAUUAUCUCUUAAAGGUCUGCAUGCGGUAAGAACGAUAGGCUCUGAAUUUUACGGAGGUAAAAGGCCAUUUUCAUCCUUAACAACUUUGAAAUUUGAAGAGAUGUUGGCAUGGAAAGAUUGGUCUCGUUGUGUCGGCGGCCCAGAAGAAGAUUUCCCAUUCUCCUGUCUUCUACAUCUUAUUGUCCGGAGUUGUCCUUCGUUGGUCAAGACAUUGCCUUGUCAACUUGAUCGUCUCAUAAAGCUUGAAAUUCAUUCAUGCCCGCGUUUGAAUAACUCAACCAGUGUGGUUUGUCUUCCAUCUCUCCGCGAGUUAUACCUUGAGGAUUGUCACGAGGAGAUCUUAAAGUUCUUGGUCAACCUAACUUCUUUAAUCAUUCUCAGAGUUCAAAAUCUUGCAGAGCUUGUUUGCUUUAAUCAUGAGUUUAUGAGCUGCUUGGUCAACCUAAAUGAGCUUCAUAUAGGAAGGUGUGACAAGCUAACAUACUUGUGGCGAGAUGGAAAUGAAACACGAAAUCUUACUUGCCUCCGGGAAUUAGCGAUCCAAAGUUGUCCUCAAUUCACGUCUUUUGUGGCCGAAGAAGGAGAGAUAGAGCUGCCUUCCAAUCUUGAAACAAUGGAACUGAGGGAAUGCACGAGUUUAGAAAAGCUUCCCAGCAAGAUGCACAUCCUCAAAGAUUUGUUAAUUGAGAAGUGUCCAAAACUCAUGGGAUUAACCAUCGCUUCACAUGACUCCACCGGAAAUAACCUGAUGCAUCAACUUGCUGCUCUGAGGACACUUAUAAUUAGGAAGUGCGAGGGAGUGAAGUCACUGGAAGAGAUCACCGUAGAAUCGUUGACGUUUUUGACUAUUGAUAAUUGUACAAAUCUGGAAAGCCUACCACGAUACCUUCACACGCUCUCCCAUCUCACUCGUUUGAAUAUAUCAUGCUGUCCAGCAUUGGAAAUAGAUGACUUCCCUCCCCUUCCCAUCACCUUGUCGUGGCUUAUGAUUGAUAAUUGUCCGAAUAUAAAGUCUCUACCAAAUCAGUGGCUUCAUCUAACAUCCCUCGAGGAGGUACACAUUGAGAAUUGCCAAAAUAUCAAAUGCUUCCCCACAGGUGGUUUGCCUCCCAAUUUGAAGCAGCUUAAGAUAUCAAGGUGCGUAAAUCUAAAGCAGCCAAUAAGAGAAUGGGGCUUACAUCUGCUCACAACCCUCCAAUUUCUACUAAUUGACUUUUGCAUGGGAGGGGAGGGAGAGAAGGCGUGGUUUCCUUCUGAGGAGGAUGAGGAUGCGUGGAGUCUUCUCUUUCCUUCCUCUCUAAUCACUCUUGCGGUGAAAAAUAUGAGGAACGUGGAAAGACUAGCAAGCGGUCUUCACAACCAUCUUUCCUCUCUCCGAAUGUUAUCCAUUGAAGAUUGCCCGAAGCUGAGGUACUUGCCAGAGGAUGGCCUCCCUCCCUCCCUCCAACAAUUGUACAUAUAUGGAUGCGAGAUUCUGGAAGAUCGAUGCUCAGAAAUCACUGGCGACUAUUGGCCCCUCAUCCAAGAAAUCCCUCUCAUUCGCCUUGCUUGGGUUCGGAUACCAUUGUAAUAUGCAUUGGCAAAAUCUCUUGGAAGGAUCACUUGUGAACACUGUUGAG